GUUGCAUAAAAGGGAAAGGUUUUUUGGUUCACUUGUAUGCCAAUUGCCAAGUCGCCUCCUCUCGUCAAGCUGCGUCCCUCGCUCGUCAAAUCCUCAGCUCUCAGAUUUGCAGAACUUAUGGCUUCAAGCACUGGCAAGAAGCUCAUUAAGAUCGAUGUGAGCUCGGAUACAGUGUGCCCUUGGUGCUUUAUUGGAAAGAAGAAUCUUGAUAAAGCUAUGGAACAAACCAUGGACAAGUUCGAUUUUGAGGUUCGUUGGCAUCCAUUCUUUCUAAAUCCUGAUGCACCUAAAGAAGGUGUCAAGAAAUCCGAUUUCUACAAGACGAAGUUUGGCCCUGUUCAGUUUGAGCGUGCAACUGCUCGCAUGACAGAGAUGUUCCGAGGACUUGGCUUUGAAUAUGACAUGUCUGGACUCAUUGGGAAUACAAUGGAUUGCCAUAGGCUCAUAACACUUGCUGGACACCAAGGUUGCGAAAAGCAAAACGCUCUUGUAGAAGAAUUGUUCAUCAAUUAUCAUUGCCAAGGAAAACAUCUUGGUGAUAGGCAAGUUCUUCUGAACGCUGCGAGAAAGGUGGGCGUUGAAGGAGCAGAAGAAUUGCUGCAAGACCCUAGCAAAGGAGUUGAUGAGGUUAAGGAAGAACUGAGAAAGUACUCUUCUGGCAUUUCUGGAGUUCCUCACUUUGUGAUCAACGGAAAAUAUCAACUCAGCGGUGGUCAGCCUUCAAACAUAUUCAUGAGGACCUUCGAGGCGGCAGCAAAAAAUGGAGCCGAAUGAUUAUUCAACAAACUUCUUCAUUGAUUACCUAGCAUACUGCUGUAUACUUGUAUGUACAAAAUGAAUAGAAGCAUAAGGUGUAAAGGAACAAAAGGUGGUCUCCAAAAAAGGAAGAAUAAAAAUUACAAGUGAUUUAUAGUUACAUUAUGAGAUAUAAUGUAUGAAUGCCAUUAUAUUUUCCGUAA